UUUUGGAGUAUGAACAGCCUCACAUUUUCAGUUUUUUUGUUGGCAACUUACUUUCUUGCCUGCAAUGGAGGUAACCCAUGUUGCUCUCAGCCAUGCCAGAACAGGGGUGUGUGUACAGCAAUGGGAUCAAAUGAUUAUGAAUGUGACUGCACGCGGACAGGAUAUCAUGGACAAAACUGCACAACGCCCGAAUUCCUCACCUGGAUAAAGGUUUCCCUUAAGCCGUCACCCAACACCGUCCAUCACAUUCUUACCCACUUCAAAGCUUUCUGGAACAUUGUCAACAGCAUCUCAUUUCUCAGAGACGUCAUCAUGAGAUAUGUGCUGACAUCUCGAUCCCACCUGAUUGAUAGUCCUCCAACAUAUAAUGCAGACUACGAUUAUAAAAGCUGGGAAGCCUACUCCAACUUGUCUUACUACACACGCGCCCUUCCGCCUGUACCGCAGGACUGCCCAACCCCUAUGGGAGUUGUAGGUAAAAAGGAAUUGCCUGACAUUAAGGUUUUGGCUGAGAAGCUCCUGGUGAGGAGACGGUUCAUUCCAGACCCGCAGGGCACCAGCUUGAUGUUUGCUUUCUUCGCGCAACAUUUCACACACCAGUUUUUCAAAUCUGACAUGAAGAAUGGACCUGCUUUUACCUUGUCUCAAGGUCAUGGGGUGGACCUCAACCACAUCUAUGGUGACAAACUGGAAAAGCAACACAAACUCAGGCUCUUCAAAGAUGGCAAGCUUAAAUAUCAGAUAAGAAACGGAGAAGUAUACCCCCCUUUGGUUAAAGAUGUUGGUGUUGAAAUGCACUAUCCCCCUCAUGUCCCCGACUCUCAACGCUUUGCUGUUGGCCAUGAGGCGUUUGGCCUGGUCCCUGGGCUCAUGAUGUAUGCCACGAUCUGGCUCCGUGAACACAACCGAGUUUGUGAUGUGCUGAAGGAAGUUCACCCAGACUGGGACGAUGAAAGACUCUUCCAAACGUCACGGCUCAUCCUGAUUGGUGAGACCAUCAAGAUUGUGAUUGAGGACUACGUGCAGCACCUGAGUGGGUACUACUUCAAACUUAAGUUUGAUCCCGAGCUGCUCUUCAACCAGCACUUCCAGUACCAAAACCGCAUUGCAUCCGAGUUCAACACGCUGUACCACUGGCACCCACUGAUGCCGGAUAGCUUCCAAAUUGAUGGGAAGGAUUACAGCUACAAGGAGUUUGUCUUCAACACCACAGUGAUGACUGAGCACGGCAUCAGCAGCCUGGUGGACUCGUUUACCAAGCAGAUUGCAGGACGGGUUGCUGGUGGUCGUAAUGUUCCGGGACCCAUCUUGUACGUGGCCAUCAAGUCCAUAGAACACAGCAGACAAAUGCGUUACCAGUCUCUUAAUGCAUACAGGAAGAGGUUCUCCAUGAAGCCCUACAGCUCCUUUGAGGACUUGACAGGAGAAAAAGAAAUGGCUGCAGUGCUGGAGGAGAUGUAUGGGGAUGUGGAUGCCGUGGAGCUCUAUCCUGGCCUGCUGGUGGAGAAACCCCGUCCCAACGCCAUCUUCGGGGAGACAAUGGUGGAGAUGGGUGCUCCUUUCUCCCUCAAGGGCCUAAUGGGAAAUCCCAUUUGCUCCCCUGAGUAUUGGAAGCCCAGCACCUUCGGAGGCAGCGUGGGUUUCAACAUUGUCAACACGGCCUCCCUACAGAGGCUUGUCUGCAACAACGUGCAGGGAUCCUGCCCGAUGGCGUCCUUUUACGUGCCCGACGUUAAAGACACUGGGUCCACGGUCAUCAACUCGAGCACGUCACACUCAGGCCACAGCGACGUCAACCCCACCAUCAUUUUAAAAGAAAGGACUUCUGAACUGUAGAAAUUAAAUGGAAAAACGAUUAGAUUUUUUAAAAUAUUUAUUUAUUUAUUUAUGUAUUUAUAUGUUUUUUAUUUAUAAAAUAGGAAAAAAACAGUUUGAGACAAAUUUUGUACUGUGUGUAUUUGUAAAGUUUUUAAUAAUUAUUG